AGUAACCAUAACCACCGAGAGAGCAAUCUCGUGCCGCAGUCACUGACAAGCCUCUUUUACUUCUAAGUUUUAAAAGUGAGAAUGAUUCCACCAACAUCGUCUUUAGUUAAAUAUGAUAAUCCUGUUUUAGUGAGUCGUAACACAGAAAAGAAAUCUCCUAGGUCUAGACCAUUGAAAGUAUCACAACAACAACCUGAUGGCGACACCAGUCCUGUUCCUCCACCACCUAAAGGAGGAAAGCUACCACCAGUAUCAACUGAUGUUAAUAAAAACCAAACUGAAGAAAUUUUAAAUGCUAUUUUACCGCCAAGGGAGUGGACGGAAAAUGGACAGUUAUGGAUUCAACAAGUAUCUAGCACUCCUGCAACAAGAAUGGACGUUGUCAAUUUACAGGAACAACUUGAUAUGAAGUUGCAGCAACGACAGGCAAGAGAGACUGGUAUUUGUCCAGUUAGAAGGGAAUUGUAUUCACAAUGUUUUGAUGAGUUGAUUCGUCAAGUCACAAUAAACUGUGCUGAAAGAGGUUUACUCUUAUUGCGUGUUCGUGAUGAGAUCAGAAUGACAAUAGCUGCGUACCAAACUUUAUACGAAAGCAGUGUUGCUUUUGGCAUGAGGAAAGCACUACAAGCUGAACAAGGAAAAACUGACAUGGAAGGAAAGAUUAUUGACAUGGGUGAGGAAAAACAAGAGCUGGAAAAACAAGUCAAUGAAUUAAAAGCGAAGUGUGAUGCCAUAGAAAAACGCGAAGUUGAACGGCGCGCUAUUGAAGAGAAAAAACAUGCAGAAGAAAUUCAAUUUUUGAAGAGGACCAACCAACAACUUAAAACCCAACUCGAGGGUAUCAUUGCUCCGACGAAGAAAUAAUUUCGAUGUGUAUGGUACGGUUAACCAUAGUUUCAAUAUGUUAAUAAGUUUUUUAUAUAAAGUUUUUGUGUGUUUUUACGUUCAAUUCUGCAUUUUUGUAUUGUUUGCAUUUAAUUUAUUCGCAUAGUUCGACACCGGUGGUGAUUUUCCACAGGAUAAAUCUGUGCACGGAGACACUAGAUAGUAUUUUUCAGAUGAUACACUCUGUUUUUAUAAGUAUAUUCAUGCUGAAAACCCCUUAAAUUUUAAACAUAAGACAAGCCUAAGCGUUUAUCUUUAGGCAUAAUCUGUCAACAAAAAAAAUAAACAAAAUAUAGCGU